CCCCGGCCCUCGGCGGCUCCGCGCUCGGCCAACAUGGCGGCGGCGGCGGUCGGGCGGGACACUUUACCUGAGGACUGGUCCUACGGCGUGUGCCGCGACGGCCGUGUCUUCUUCAUCAACGACCAGCUCUGCCGCACAACCUGGCUGCACCCGCGCACCGGCGAGCCCGUCAACUCGGGCCACAUGAUCCGCUCAGACCUGCCCCGCGGCUGGGAGGAGGGCUUCACGGAGGAGGGCGCCAGCUACUUCAUCGACCAUAACCAGCAGACCACAGCAUUCAGGCAUCCUGUGACUGGGCAAUUUUCUCCAGAAAAUAGCGAAUUCAUUCUUCAAGAAGAACAAAACCUACACAUGUCAAAGCAAGAGAAAAACCAAAGACCAUCCAGCAUGGUCAGCGAAUCGUCCACAGCUGGGACCACGUCCACCCUGGAGGCCAAGCCUGGACCCAAGAUCAUCAAGUCCAGCAAUAAAGUCCAUAGCUUUGGGAAGAGGGAUCAAGCCAUUCGGAGGAACCCCAAUGUUCCGGUGGUGGUGAGGGGCUGGCUGCACAAGCAGGAUAGUUCUGGGAUGAGACUGUGGAAGAGGAGGUGGUUUGUGCUUGCUGAUUACUGCUUGUUUUACUAUAAAGACAGCCGAGAAGAAGUGGUCCUGGGAAGCAUCCCUCUGCCCAGCUAUGUGAUCUCACCUGUGGCCCCUGAGGAUCGCAUAAGUCGCAAGUACUCUUUUAAGGCUGUGCACAUGGGGAUGCGAGCACUCAUCUACAACAGCUCCAUGGCAGGCUCCCAGGCUGAGCAGUCGGGCAUGAGAACUUACUACUUCAGUGCCGAUACCCUGGAAGACAUGAAUGCUUGGGUGAGGGCCAUGAACCAGGCUGCACAGGUGCUGUCUCGAUCAUCACUGAAGAGGGAUUUGGAGAAAGUGGAGCGGCAGGCAGUACCUCAGGCCAACCACACAGAGUCUUGUCGAGCGUGUGGCCAUGUGAGACCUGGACACUCAAGGAAUUGUCCUCAUCACAGCCAUGAUGACUCUUUUGGCUUUGAGAAGCGGGAGCAGGAAGAAGAGCAGUACCAUUCCCAGAGGGACCCACUGGAGGGCAAGCGGGAAAGGAGCAAGACCAGGUCCCCGUACUCGCCCACCGAGGAGGAUACCUUGUUUAUAGAUUUACCCAGUGGCCCAAGAGGCCAGCAGGCCCAGCCCCAGCGCUCCGAGAAGAAUGGCAUGUUGCCCUCCUCCUGUGGCCCUGAAGAGCAGAAUGGUACUGGAGGGUACCCUUGGCCCUUACCCCUCAGGGCCACCGCAGAGAAGCACAGCCAGAGGAAGAGCAGCCUGGCCCAGGCAGAGCACUGGGCAAAGGCCCUGAAGACAGACAGCAAGAGCCUUCCUUCAGAGCAGACACUUUCUCGCCAGGGUCCUAGCCAGCUCCUGUCCUUCCCAGAAAACUACCAGACCCUUCCCAAGAGCACCCGGCACCCCUCGGGGGACUCCUCACCCCCUCUGCGGAACCUGCCCAGUGACUACAAGUAUGCACAGGACCGUGCUAGCCACCUGAAGAUGUCGAGUGAGGAGCGCCGGGCACACCGGGAUGGCACCGUAUGGCAGCUGUAUGAGUGGCAGCAGCGCCAGCAGUUCCGGCAUGGCAGUCCCACGGCACCCAUGUGUGCUGGCUCCCCGGAGUUUGCAGACCAGGGCAGGAGCAGGAGCAUGCUGGAGGUUCCCCGCUCCAUCUCUGUGCCUCCAUCACCCUUGGACAUACCUCCCCCGGGGCCCCCAAGGGUCUUCCUGCACAGGCGGCCACACACACCAGCAGAGCGUGUCACUGUAAAGCCACCAGACCAGAGGAGGAGUUUGGACAUCUCGCUGGGGAGCUCUCCCAGGAAGGCACGGGGCCAUGCCAUCAAGAACUCCUCGCACAUGGACCGACGCUCCAUGCCCUCCAUGGGUUACAUGACCCACACUGUCAGUGCUCCCAGUUUGCAUGGAAAAUCGGCUGAUGACACCUAUCUUCAGCUGAAGAAAGACUUGGAAUAUCUGGAUCUAAAGGAAUUGAACUCAGGACCUUGCAUUUGCCAGAUGACAGGCCGGGACCUUCUCAAGGAUCGAAGCCUGAAGCCUGUGAAGAUUGCUGAGAGUGACAUUGACGUCAAACUGAGCAUCUUUUGUGAACAAGACAGGAUCCUCCAGGACCUGGAAGAUAAGAUUCGAGCCCUCAAGGAGAACAAAGAUCAGCUAGAAUCCGUGCUAGAGGUGUUACACAGACAGAUGGAGCAGUACCGAGACCAGCCGCAGCACCUGGAGAAGAUUACCUACCAGCAGAGGUUGCUGCAGGAGGACCUGGUCCACAUCCGAGCUGAGCUCUCCAGAGAAUCCACCGAGAUGGAAAAUGCCUGGAAUGAGUACCUGAAGUUGGAGAGCGAUGUGGAGCAGCUGAAGCAGACCCUGCAGGAACAACAGAGACGAGCCUUUUUUUUCCAGGAGAAAUCGCAGAUACAGAAGGACCUGUGGAGGAUUGAAGAUGUCCUUGCAGGUCUGAGUGCUAAUAAAGAGAACUACAGAAUCCUGGUGGAAUCGGUCAGAAAUCCUGAGAGAAAAACGGUGCCUUUGUUCCCUCACCCGCCUGUGCCUUCACCCUUGACCUUGGAGAGCAAGUCCCCCCUGCAGCCCAGCCCUCCUGCCAGCCCAGUGCGGACCCCUCUGGAAGUUCGGCUGUUCCCACAGCUGCAGACCUAUGUGCCCUACCGACCUCACCCACCCCAGCUGAGGAAAGUGACAUCUCCCCUUCAGUCACCAACUAAGACAAAACCCAAAGUGCAGGAAGAUGAGGCACCUCCUAGGCCCCCGCUUCCCGAACUCUACAGCCCAGAGGACCAGCCACCUGCUGUGCCCCCUCUACCAAGGGAGGCCACCAUCAUCCGGCACACUUCUGUGAGGGGCCUCAAGCGGCAGUCGGACGAGAGGAAGCGAGACCGGGAGCUGGGGCAGUGUGUGAAUGGGGACUCGAAGGUGGAGCUCCGGUCAUCUGUUAGUGAGCCCGAGCUGGCCACCAUCACUGGGCACCUGGCUCAGCCCUCCCUGGGACUCGUGGGUCCUGAGAGCAGGUACCAGACACUUCCUGGCCGAGGGCUCUCGGGGUCCAUGUCCAGGCUCCAGCAGUCAUCCACCAUUGCGCCCUACGCCACGCUCCGGAGGGGUCUAAAUGCGGAAAGCGGCAAGAUGACCUUCCCUAGACCCAAGAGUGCCUUGGAGCGUCUGUACUCAGGGGACCACCAGCAAGGCAAGAUGAGUGCUGAGGAGCAGCUGGAGCGCAUGAAGCGGCACCAGAAGGCCCUAGUCCGAGAGCGCAAGAGAACACUGAGCCAAGCAGAGAGGACAGGCCCGGCCUCAGCGAGCUAUCUUGGCCAGCUGCUCCCUGGGGACCUGGGCUCAUGGAAGCGAGAGCAGGACUUUGACCUGCAAUUGCUGGAGCGGGCCAUGCAAGGGGAAAGGAAGGACAAGGAGGAGAAUGGCUGGUUGAAAGUGCAGGCCAUGCCUGUCACGGAGGUGGACCUGGAACCACAAGACUAUGACCUGGACAUCAGCAGAGAGCUGUCCAAACCAGAGAAAGUCUCCAUCCCUGAGCGCUAUGUGGAGAUGGAUCCCGAAGAGCCACCUAGCCUCGAAGAGCUGCAGGCACGUUACCGCAAAGCUGAGAAGAUCCGCAACAUCCUCACCCGGUCAAGGAGAAAGGCCACAGUUUGCAUCUCUGUUCACCAAAGUGUUGAGAACUGCCAGGCCAGAGAAACCUCCACCCUGGGGCAAGUGCUCAGGGCAGCGAGGGCCCACGGCUGCUCUCUGCACCCCUGCAGCAUGUGUAACCUCCAGCCCUCAGCAGCCCAGGACCGAAACAGCCUGGUGGACUUGGACUCCCAGCUGCAGGAGCAGGAGCGCAUCAUCAAUAUUUCCUAUGCCCUGGCCUCUGAAGCCUCCCAGCGCAGCAAGCAGGUGGCAGGCAGUGACAGACCUGUGACCCAAUGGCUCAAGUGGAACCAGCUCCUCCCAGGAGACUGUCUUCUCUGCCCCAUGGAGACUCCUUGCAGGAUUCUGGUGGAGGAAGGAGCAGCACAUCAGCCAUGAGGUGUCCCCCACGGGGUCCUGAUACACCCCUACUUGUUCCAGUUCACACUCCUUUUUACAUGUGACAAUGGCACUUUUGAUAUAUGCUGUAAAAUACUGACACUGUAUUUUAGAAUCAGAAUAUAUUUUAUACUGUUCACCUCAAGGGUUGCACAGCUGGGAAGGUGAGGAUGCGGGGUUGGUAGCUGCACAUACAGAUUCAGGUACUAGUGCGGUGGUAGGUAUGGGUAGGGAGGUAGAGGUAGACAGGGCAAGAGGCCAGUCCAGCUGCCUGGGACUCAGGCGGAUGAUGGAUCUGAGAUCAUGCUUCCUGUGGGCUCUAGCGUUGGGCUCACUGGUGAUCUGACCAGCAAAGAGGACCCUCAAUGCAGACAGCAGCCAUCCCUGACCUGACCUGAUGACCAGCACCGAGUGAUGCUCAUCUAGGAUGCAUGUGGACAUGUGGAGCCCAAGUCUGUGCCUUGGCCCUUGGUUUUGGUUUAGGGGCGAUAAUGUGUUUGAGAGCUCUGGGCUCCCCGGCCUCCCCAGGAGGUUGUCUUAGCAAAGGGCUCUUCUUGGAAAGAAGCACCUCCUUUCAUUAAAAAAUACAUUUUGAAGUACAGAAGAUAUGAGAGGAAGCACCUUUUGUAUCAUAGCAAUAAACCAUACUGGGUGGCAUCUGUCUAAAAAUCCCUGACCACUGCCUUCCUGCCAAGGAGCAUGACAGGAACAUUUACCGCCUGCCUGGGAGGACCUCCAGUUGGGGUCCCUAGGUCUUGAGUCUGGUGGCAGGCGGGUAGACAGUGUGCUCUCUGCUAGCUUUGCUGAGCCUGUCACCAGCAAGGCCACCACGCCAUGACUUUAACUUGACUUCCAGCCCCAAAUGAGGAGGAGGCUACCAAGCCAGGCUCGGUGUUUAAAUCGUCUCACAAUGUUCUGCAUACAGAAAAUAACGUUUAAAAGGAAAAACCGAAAACUUCCAUUGAGUGGAGCCACACUUUAAAUGAAAAGUUGUCUGUGACUAUGCUCAGAAAAAAAAAGAAUCUUGAAUAUAUUUAGAAAUUGUGGUCUAUUUUUAACUAACUCCAUAUGCUGCCAGUAUCAACUUCAUGACAUUUGCCAAAAUAAAAUUUUAUUUUUGCCUUUAUAAGAUUUUGUUGGAAAAAUGAAAUGAAUAUUUUGCAAGAAAAAGUUAAUUUAAAUAAAAAGUGUAAUGGUUUGCAAAAAACAAAACAAAACCAAAAUGUGAUGUACAGAUUAAAAUAUUAACCUGACCCAUU